CAGUGCACGCGGCCGAGGGGCGCCUCAGCAGCCGCUUCACACGGAGGUAGAGGCGGACGGACGGACACGUCGUGCCGUCGCUUUGGGGUGUUAAAGCUCUUUACUCCUGGAGUAAAGAUCCCACCACCUGACCCUCUGGAUGGAUCUUCCCUCCAUGUUCUUUGCGGCUCCGAGCGGUUUCCGUCUCCCCUGUGAGAGAAUGUACCCCAGCGAACUGGAUCCCUCGCCGGGCCCCCGGCACCCUGAGGCCCAGCUGGACUUCUUCCACAAGCUUGGCUACUCCACGGCUCAGGUCCUCGCCGUUCAGCAGAUGUUCGGCCCCAACAUGGACACAGAUAAACUCCUGGGGGAGCUAGUGAGGAUCGGGGCCAGCCCGGGGGGCGGCCAGGUGCCAGUGACCACGAUGUCGGUGCUGUUACCAAGAGGGGACCUCGAGGCCAUGGGCCCCACCGUGCAGCUGCCUCUCACUGGAUCUUCUCGGCAGACGGGAGAGGAGCGCAGCGAGGAGCAGGAUGCACUGAGACCUGUCGUUAUAGAUGGCAGCAACGUGGCCAUGAGCCACGGGAACAAGGAAGUUUUCUCUUGUCUUGGAAUCCAGCUGGCAGUGAAUUUCUUCAUGGAAAGAGGCCACACUGAAAUAACCGUGUUCGUUCCUUCAUGGAGGAAGGAGCAGCCCCGGCCAGAUGUUCCCAUUGCAGAUCAGCACAUCCUUCGAGACCUGGAGAAGAGGAAGAUACUCGUGUUCACCCCGUCGAGACGCGUCGCGGGCAAGCGGGUGGUCUGUAACGACGACUGCUUCAUCGUCAAACUGGGCUACGAGUCCGAUGGCAUCAUCGUGUCCAACGACAUGUACCGGGACCUGCAGGCAGCGAAGCCGGAGUGGAAACGCUUCAUCGAGGACAGGCUGCUCAUGUACUCCUUCGUCAAUGACAAGUUCAUGCCUCCUGAUGAUCCUCUGGGCCGCCACGGACCGACCCUGGAGAACUUCCUGCGCAGGUUUCCAAAGACUGCCAAAAAACAACCAUGUCCUUAUGGAAAGAAAUGUACCUACGGAAUCAAAUGCAAGUUUAGCCAUCCUGAGCGAGCCAAACAGUCCAACCGCUUGGUCGCCGACGAGCUUCGGGAGAACGCCAAGCACCCGUCCACCGCUCAGAAACAAUCCUCAAGGGGCUCCAGCCCUGUGCCAGGACAGAGCCUGUCGCAGCUGGAGGACAUGGCAAAGAAACUGACCCUGGGACAUGAGAGCAGCUCCUUAAAGAGAGACCUCAAGCAUGAGCAGUUGAAGGCCAGUCACCGAUCCAGCAAGAGGGCCCCAUCUAGAAAGGAGAAGAACGGCCAGAUCCCGUCGAGGGGCUCUCAGGAGCAGCUGGACUCCGGUUUAGGCUCCAUAGACGGUCAUCCAUCGGAAGUUCCCUGGAGUGUGUGUGACCACCAGUAUGCGGGGACGUAUGGCAGCUCCCAGCACACUCACAGUGCGGGACAACAGUAUUCCCCUCCGUGCAGCUGCUUCUCACAUGGCUCUUCCUCCCGGGGGACCACGCCAGCUUUCCAUCCCCCCAACCAGCAUUACAGCCAUGGGCUGGUCACCAGCCACAACUCUGGUACGGUUCCCUACCCGUCUCAUUACGCCAGCUACGGAGAGAACCCAGCCGGCAUGUCUGCACACAGUCAGCCCACAGAUUUCCAGCCCAGCAGAGUCCACGGCUCCCACCAGCAGCACCGGCAGUACUGGUCCGAUCCGUUCGGGGCCCAUCCCUCGGCGGCACGCAGCCUGCCGGUGGAGCGGCCCCAACGGGCUCCUCCCCAACGGGCUCCUCCCCGACAGGAUCCUCCCCGACAGGAUCCUCCCCGAGGGCCGACUCCCAGCGGCGGGGAGAGAGAGGUGGUCAGAAAGAAGCUCCUCGCCAUCUUCAGCGUCCACUUGGUGGACGCGGCCAUGGACAUGUUUCCUCAGCUGAUGGAUCCACAGGUGCUAGUCGCAGAGAUUCUCAAACUGCAGAGUCAGCACGGCUCGCAAAGAUGAGACGACGUCCAGAGGGCGUCCUGAACCACGUCUUUCAGUAGAAAGCCAGACAAAGAUAAAUAUGAGUUUGUCUAUUUUUGUAUUGUGGUAUCCACCUUGCGGUAUUUGAGUACCUUAUUUUAAACUAUGUUGCAUUGUCAGUUGCCUCAGUAAGCUGAAUAAAAUAAGAGGAAGUGUGUGGUUGAUACAAAUUGUAUCUUUAUUUUAAAAUGUAAUACGGAAUGUAUUCUGAACUCUUAUGGUUCAGAAUCCACAUUACUGGGUAGAAUUGUAAAGUCUAAUGGUUUUCCAGAAUAAAUGUUCUACAAGGAAUCUUUGUGUCAUGAUGGCACUGUGCACGUUAAUGCUUUUAGUGGCAACUAAAUGUAAUAAUGAAAGUAUUUAUUUUUCAAUUAUCAGGGGCAAUACUUUCCAUAAACACUUUAUUCCUCAGAAAAUGAGAUUUAAAGCUGGAAACUGUUUUAUAAUGAUUUAUAGUAUUAUGGUCUUACAAGAGAACUUGUUGUUGUAUAUGUGGUUGGUUUGAAGUUAGGUGUUCAAAUUUCAGUAGAGCUUUAUGGGACAAAUUAACAAUAACAUUUUUUAUUUUAUUGAUCCAUUUUUUGUACUGUUCACUUCACAGCAAAUUUAAUAAAAAACGA